UCCGUUCUCCUUAUCACAGACUCGAGCCUCCUUUCACUCCUCUGAUCUUUUAACAGCUUACCAAGGCCUUGGAGUUCUUACCAUGGCUUCAAACACUUCCCUCUCCUCCUUGUCCAUCUUCAUUGCACUCUUGUUCCUUAGCAACUGCCAAGCCCGCCAUCUGUUGGAAACUCCAGAGGUGGAGUCCCUGUCGCAUCCGACCAUCUCAACACUUCCUAAGCCCAAGCUCCCACUGCGGCCCAACGUUCCGACUCGACCCAAGCCUGAGCUGCCACCAGUGCCGGAAAAGCCCACCGUGCCUGAGCUGCCACCAGUGCCGGAAAAUCCCCCCGUGCCUGAGCAGCCACCAGUGCCGGAAAAUCCCCCCGUGCCUGAACAGCCACCAGUGCCGGAAAAUCCCCCCGGGCCUGAGCUGCCACCAGUGCCGGAAAAGCCCCCCGGGCCUGAGCUGCCACCAGUGCCGGAAAAGCCCCCCGGGCCUGAGCUGCCACCAGUGCCGGAAAAGCCCCCCGGGCCUGAGCUGCCACCAGUGCCGGAAAAGCCCACCAUGUCGAAGGUCGAGCUGCCGCCUCUGCCGGAAGUCCGGAAGGUCGAACUGCCUCCUAAGCGAUCCAUCCCAAGCAUCCCAAAGGUAGAGCGGGCUCCCAUGCCUUCUAAGCCCACCGUACGUCCCUGAAUUCCCUUCCAUUCCCAGCACUGUGUACUCUCCACCCCAUCCAUGAUGGAUACUUGAAGUCAUGGCGGUGGCUAUAGAUCAUAAUUAGCUCUGGUUUUCACUGGAUCAGUUGGUGGCUGGGACUUUGGAGUUCUCUUACGUUCAUAAGUACUGUCUCUUUUCUGUUUUAUCUCCUUGUAUAUAUAGGAGCACGUACGCUUUGUACUUAUUUCUAUGCAUCGCCUUCUGGAACAUGUGUCCAGAGUACGUUAUCUACUAAUAAAAUAUCCUUUGGUUUGCUCUUUAAA